AUGAGCGACCAGGCGGUGCUGUUGCUGCGAAAACAGCUCAAGGAGCUCUCGAGGAAUCCGAUCGAGGGAUUCUCGGCGGGAUUAGUCGAUGACUGUAACGUGUUUGAGUGGUCGGUGACCAUCAUGGGACCUCCGGAUACGAUUUACGAGGGCGGGUUCUUCACGGCUCACAUGACGUUUCCGAAGGAUUAUCCGAAUAAGCCGCCGGGGGUGCGGUUCGUGAGCGAGAUGUGGCAUCCGAACGUGUACGCGGAUGGGAGGGUGUGCAUAUCGAUCCUGCACAGUCCUGGGGAUGAUCCGCACGGGUAUGAGGACGCGAGCGAGAGGUGGAGCCCGGUGCAGACGGUGGAGACGAUCGUGCUGAGCAUAAUUUCCAUGCUCUCCGAUCCGAACGAUGAGAGCCCGGCUAACAUAGACGCAGCUAAAGAGUGGCGGGAGGACUAUCCCGCGUUCAAGAAACGCGUGGCGAGAUGUGUUCGCAAGAGCGUCGAUGACAUGUGA